GUCUCGGUCCCCGCGGAGGACUGAGGUUUACUUUGUCGGGUCAAUAAAGAUUUUACUUUGAAAGUUUGGAGCGGAAGGUGUGACCGUGUAGUGUUGUAUGAAUGAAGGCUGUCAGCGAGGUGACAGACUGAGCAUGAGGACAACAGGUGUGUGCUGACAGCUCGCUCUCCUCGCCAGGUUAUCAAUAUGGCCUCAUGGAUUAUUCAGAUGACUGUGGUGCUGCUGUCCGUCUUCGCCAACAGCAGCCAGGGGAAGAGGGACCAGGUGCUCUACUGCUCAGCAUGCAAAGCAAUUGUGGAUGAGCUGAACUACUCGAUCAGUCAGGUGGACCCGAAGAAGACCAUCAACGUGGGCAGCUUCAGACUCAACCCCGACGGAUCCAUGAAAGACAAAAAGGUUCCUUUCGCCCGCUCAGAGACUCACCUCAGCGAGCUGCUGGACGCGGUGUGCGGCAGCAUGAGCGACUACGCCCUCCACGUGGACCCUGACACUCAGCACAGACAGUACAUGAGGUUCGCUCCCAGGACCGGCGGGAACACCGGGGUCUUCCCCGACUUCAAGAACUUCCAGUUCGACGGCCCCGAGUCGUCCGAGGCCAUGAAGUUCGCAUGUGAGUCGGUGGUGGAGGAGCUGGAGGAUGAUAUCAUCUCUCUGUUCAGCCGGGACGUGGAGCAGGUGCACGAGGAGCUCUGCAGCAGAGUCUCAGACUACUGCAGAGCCGGCGGCCACACGAACGAGGAGUUGUAGUGUUUGACAGUCAGAGGACGGAGGCGGGACCAGGGACCAGCAGAGACUGUAAAAGCUUUUGACGAAUGAUCGAUUAAGUUUUUGAAUAAAUAAAAGAGGAAAUCUUGACAAAAAAUAUUGUGCACUUUAGUUUCUGUCUGAGGUUUGAGACAGACGCUGAUGUCACUCGUAUUAUUAUCAGACCCACACCGAGCGCUGACAGACUGUGUUUCACAUGCAGGAAAUAUAAUAAUAUUUUACGUCAGCUGAUUCAUUUAAAUGAUAUUUCAUCUCCACAUGUUUCCCUCUGUUUGAAAGAAAACUGAAACACUAAAUGAACUGAAUGAUGAAUCCGUUAAUUAAAGAAAUGAUACUAAUUUAAGUUAUCACACCAGUUAUUCUCUGUUAUUUCAGUGUGUGUGAACAUGAUGCAGGCUGUCGUUGUGAAACAGGAACAUACAUUCAUCUGCUUCUCUGACCACGUCUCCUCCGGCUCGAUGGAAAACAUCAUGAGCUGAAGGAAAGGUGUGAAGGAGACUUCAUGAGGACUUAGGAAAAGAUUCUGACUGCACUGACACAAGGAUUUUAUUUAAACUAACUAUAACACAUGCAGGAUAAAUCCUCCUUUACUGACCGCAGAAACUAAACUAACAGGACUGAAAUGUUGAAAUAAGAAAACAUGAAAGGAAAAUAUAAAUGGAGGAAGUUGAAGCUGUUAAACUGAUUAAAUAGAAAUAAGAAACUGAGCAAGAAAUCAGAAUAAAUUAUAUUCAUGUUUCCUGGCGCUUUUGACAUUUCUAUACAACUGUUAAGUGGAGAAAAUUAUUUUUUUUGCCAUUUUUCAUUUGGUGAUUUAGUGAAAUUAGAUGAUGUAUAAACUAUAGUAUUUAGUUAU